AUGGCGUCGCGAACGACUUCGCGCCAGUCGGCGUCUUCGUUUGACUCGCCAGAGGCGCAGGAUGACCCUCCCAAGGAAAAACAGACUUUUGUUGGAUUUGUCAAGAAGAUUUGGGGGAAGACGGGGUUGGAUCGGCCGACUGUCUUGUUGAUGAUGAAGGGCGGGCUUGCACCAACUAUCGCCGUGGCCAUUUACCAAGCCAUGCCAGUGGCCGACCAGUUCACUACUCUGGGCUAUCUAAUGGCCAUCAUCUCUAUUCUGGGCUUUGCGAUCAUGCCCCGCGCAAAGUUCAUCCAGAUGAUGAUUUUUGACAUUCUUGCUGUCUGCAUAGCAGCCUGUUUUGCGCUCUUAACCAUGUUUUCAAGCGUCAAGGCCCGACAAAAUACCGCCACUCCCUCCAGUGGCACGUACAACUCGUCAGCAUCUGCGGUCAGUGGUGUCUGGCUCUUCUUCCAGAUCUGGAUGGUUCAUACCUUCCGUGCCAAAUACCCGCAGCUGCAAUUUCCGGUCAUUAUAUACGCCAUGUUUGCAAAUAUCGCUUCUGUUUACUCUCCACAGAUGCAGAAUAUGACUGCCGCCAUUGAUAUGGUGAAACGACUGCUGGAGUCUUGUCUCACUGGUCUCGCUAUCUCGACCGUCACGUCUCUGUUCAUCCUUCCCAUGACGUCGCGUCAGGCUGUCUUCAAGCAAAUGGCCGGGUACAUUAGUGGGCUUCGUUCCGCUUUGAAUGCCCAUGCAUUGUACUUCGAAAGUCUAGAAAGAGACGACAUGUUCGGCCGCACCGAGACGUUUGAUGAUGCUCGUGAGAAAUUUAGCAAAAAGGGAAAGGUCUAUAGCCCGGAGGCGGAGGCCAUCCGCGCUGCGAUCCGACAGAUCACAGAUCUUCAUGCUAAGCUUCAUGGUGAUCUCACCUUUGCGAAGCGUGAAAUCGCAAUAGGGAAACUGGGACCGGAUGAUCUUCAAACGAUUUUCCGUCAUCUUCGCCAGAUCAUGAUUCCGGUUGUUGGGCUGAGCUUCGUCGUUGAUAUCUUCCAGCGAUUGUCGGAUUAUAACAGAUGGAAUCAACCCAUCGAUGCCAACCUGGAUGCAGUUCCGGAGUCCGUGCGAGAGCGUGUCGUGCAUGAGUGGAAUGAUAUCAUGAGAGCAGUGCACGAUCCUUUUGCCAUGAUGAUUCAGACGAUUGAUGAGGGACUUCUGCAUACAUCUUAUGUAUUCCUGUUGACGAAGCCACCAAAGCGCACGGCUACGGCGAAGACCUCGGACAAUAGUCCGACCGAGGGGGGCGAGGACGUGGAAGCAACAGCUCAGGAUACCGCCCCUGGCGAGAAAGCGUUCACGGAGCAUUUUGAAAAAAAGCUUGGAGAGUUUCGAAAUGCAAAGCGUAUUGCCCUGCAAACUUGGGCAGAAGAGAAAGGUAUCAAACUACCACCGGACUUCUUUGAUCACCCUACCAACCCCGAAAUUCUGGAGUCCAACUUUUUGGAUAAUUCGGCCACGCAGAAAGAGCGUAGUCGACGACAGCUGUAUCUGUUCCUCUAUAUGGAGCAAUUGCUGUACUCGACUGGUCAAACCGUGCUGGACUUUGUUCGCUAUGCUGAUCAUGUUGCCGCCAAAGGAAAAUUGUCAAAGAAUAGGCUGAUCAUUCCCGGUGGUAAGAGAUUGUGGAAAUGGGCCAAAUCCGUCUUGAGUGCAGAGGACUCCCACGAUGAUGAUAACAUGGGUGACAUUCAUACCCAAAACAACAUCCUUCAACUUGGCGAGGCGUAUCGGCUUCGCAAGGAUCCCGAGCAUCUUCCACCUAAUACCAUGUUCCAGAAGUUUGGAGACAAAAUUCGGGUUUUCCCCUGGUUUCUCCGCUCUUUCGAGUCGACAUACGGCUUCCGCGUUGCCUGUGCCACUAUGACCAUUGCAAUCAUCGCCUUCUUACAUGACACCCAGACCUUCUUUACUCAACAGCGAUUGGUAUGGGCCAUGAUCAUGGUAAAUCUCAGCAUGUCCCCGACUUCGGGACAGAGCAUUUUCAGCUUCGUGCUCCGAAUCCUAGGCACAACGAUUGCAAUGGUGGCAAGUCUUCUGAUCUGGUACAUUCCGGGCCAAAAGACACCAGGUGUGAUCGUGUUCCUGUUUAUCUUUGUAUCCAUGGCAUUCUACAUCCCCAUCAAAAUGUUCCGUUUCAGGGUCGUGGGCAUUAUCAGCAUCGUCACAACAACAUUGAUCAUCGGCUACGAACUCCAAGUUCGCAAAGUGGGAGAGGCAGUCGCAACUUCCAACGGACAGCUCUUCUACCCCAUCUAUCUGCUAGCACCGUAUCGGCUCGCUACUGUGUCGGGUGGUAUUGCUGUCGCGUUCAUUUGGACAUUCUUCCCAUAUCCGAUUUCAGAGCACUCAGUACUUCGACAGAGUCUGGGCGCUUCAUUGUAUCUCCUAGCCAACUAUUAUUCCAUCAUCCAUGAGACUAUCUCCGGUCGCAUGCGUGGUGACGAAGGCGAUUACCUUCUCAAGAGUUCUGCGGGUCGAAAACUCGAGAAAGCCCGACACAAGGUGUUCUCGAAGCAGAUGCUUAUGCUCGCUGGUCUUCGGACGUACUCCGAGUUCCUGCGGUGGGAGGUACCCAUUGGUGGUCAGUUUCCUAAGAAGCAGUAUGACUCGAUCAUUCUCUGCGUUGAGAACAUUGUGAACUACCUCAGUUUGCUAGGUUAUGCGUCUGAUACAUUGAUGCAUCUCGGUGACGGGAAUGAUGUUACAGAUACCUCCUGGAUGCUCGAUUUCCGACGUCUGGUCGGUACAGCGAAGGUCACCACUCACGAAGUCACAUCAUUGUUAUGUCUCCUGUCUGCUAGUAUCACCAACCGACAGCCUCUACCACCAUACCUUAAGGCUCCCCGGCCUUAUAGCUUCACGAAGCGCUUGGAAGCACUUGAUAAGGACAUCCUGAGCAUCAGGCACAUCGCCGAGCCUGGUUUCGCUGCAUUUGCAGUUUUGCAAAUUUCAACGAGGUGUAUCGUUGGUGAUGUCGACAGACUGCUCCGACACGUCAAAGAUUUAGUCGGCGAGUUAGACUUCUCCUUCCACGCCGUCAGCACGACCGAGUCAAUGGCCCCAUCUCGCAUGACUUCGCGGGUAGGGUCGAGAGUAGACUUGAGUGAGAUGUCAGGAUCGAAACUGAAUGACCGAGAUAAAACUGAUUGA